CAUUUCUCAACAGAUUACUCUGGUCACUGAAGUACAAUCGAGCACUCGCAGUAACUUACACCAAUGGCCUUUAAGGCAACAGUGUGCUUGCGAUGCUCUGGUUGUGGACUUCUGUGGAGGGGUGCGGGCCCGAAGGCCAGUGAACGAAUAGCAUAUAACCUACAGCGAACUGCUUCUCGUGGUGGUCAAGGCGUUAGAUUCAUUGGCACUUGCAAAGAACAGCAGUGGGCCCCAUUUUCCUCCUCCAUUAUGUUCUCAAACCCGCCGACCAAGCCCUUUCGGAAAUUGCGAGCCUCAACGUCACUUGCUAGCGUUGCGGCCAACAGCAUCGUAUUUCGCAAGGCCUCAAUAGCCAUUGGUGCGUAUUCCCAUAGCAACGCGGUUGCCUCGAUUUUUGAUUUGGUGAUGAGUCACUUCAACUUUCGACUCACGUCCGUUCCAACCCAUCUUCCCCCCUCCACGACCUCACCAUUAUGACCGACACAGACAGGCCCACCGGUAGUGCCGAUCCAGCUCCAGACAUCACAGCUCUGAAGGAUGCAAUUGCCAAGCAGGGUGACGUGGUAAAAGCUCUCAAGGCAGAGAAGGCACCGAAAGAACGAUUGCAACCUGAGUUAGAUCGGCUACUUGCCCUGAAGGAGGAACUUAAGCAGUUGUUGCUGAAGGAGGCUCAAGAGAACGAAAAGAACAAAUUUGAUAGAUCUGGGUUGGAAUCACUUCUCAUCAAACGUUUCUUUUACGCCCCUUCGUUCCAAAUAUAUGGCGGUAUUGCUGGUCUGUACGACUAUGGUCCUCCUGGAUGUGCACUGCAAAACAACAUCCUCUCACUUUGGCGCCAGCAUUUCGUCCUGGAGGAGGACAUGCUGGAGGUGGAAUGCACAAACUUGACUCCAGAAGCUGUUCUACAAACGUCCGGCCACGUCGAGCGCUUUGCUGAUUACAUGGUCAAGGACACAAAAACCGGGGACAUCUUUCGAGCGGAUCAUUUAGUAAAGCAAGUCUUGAACCAACGCCUUGAGGAUGACACAAAACUCCGCAGCGGAGCGGCGCCAAAGGCAGUCAAGGGUCAACCAAAAGUGGAGCCUCUGACUGCCGAUCAGCGGGCGGAAUAUGAACUUGUUCUUGAAACGUUGGACAAUUACCAGGGUGAGGAUCUUCAUCAACUCAUUAGAAGACUGGACAUCAGGGCCCCAGAAACUGGAAACGAAGUGACUGCACCAGUCCUCUUCAAUCUUAUGUUUGAGACUCAAAUAGGACCCACUGGCCAGUUCAAAGGAUACCUUCGACCAGAAACUGCCCAGGGCCAUUUUCUCAACUUCAAAAGGCUCUACGAAUUCAACACAGGCCAGAUGCCAUUUGCUUCCGCCUCCGUCGGUAAAUCAUUCCGUAACGAGAUUUCUCCCCGCCAAGGCCUUUUACGUGUUCGUGAGUUUACAAUGGCCGAAAUUGAGCAUUACGUGGAUCCCACAAAGAAGGACCACCCUCGAUUUGAUGAAGUGCGCGAUGUGGUACUACCCCUUUACUCUGCGACAGCACAAGAGGCCGCCGCUGGGCCGACAAAGUUAUCUAUCGGAGAGGCCGUUGAAAAGGGCAUCAUCAACAACCAAACUCUUGGUUAUUUCGUAGCCCGCAUUUACCUUUUCCUCGUACGAAUUGGCGUGGAUCCGGCGCGCUUGCGAAUGCGUCAACACAUGUCCAAUGAGAUGGCGCACUAUGCAUGUGACUGCUGGGAUGCUGAAAUCCAGAGCAGCUAUGGUUGGAUUGAGUGCGUUGGCUGUGCCGAUAGGUCUGCGUAUGACCUCACGGCGCAUUCAAACAAAACCGGUGAGAAGCUCGUUGUGCGGGAACAACUACCUGAGCCGAUUAUCGCGGAUAAAUGGGUUUUGGACGUCAACAAGAAGAAUUUUGGCCCCGCUUUUAAAAAGAACGCAAAAGCUGUCCAGGGCUACCUUGACAGCCUUAAAGAAGGGGAUCAAUGGAAUGAAGCGAGAUUGCUUGACCUACUUGAUAAACUGAAUACAGGGAAAGCUACAAUUACCGGUACUGAUGGUAACGAAUACGAGUUGACAACGGACCUGAUCAAGAUUGAGAAGCGAACUUUCAAGGAGUACGUGCGCGAGUAUAUCCCAAGCGUCAUUGAACCAUCAUUUGGUAUCGGGCGAAUUCUAUACCAGUUACUUGAGCAUUCAUAUUAUGUGCGCGAAGGAGAUGAACAACGGGGUGUUCUCAAGUUCCCAGCAUGCAUUGCACCGAUCAAAGCUCUUGUUUUGCCCAUCAGUCACAGCGAUGAGUUCCUCCCAUUCAUUAAGGAUGUUGUGACUGGACUACGUCGGUUCAACAUUUCAAACAAGGUCGACGAUUCCGGAUCAUCUAUUGGGAAACGAUAUGCCCGAAACGACGAACUUGGUACUCCAUUUGCUGUCACUGUGGAUUUCCAAACUGUGCAAGAUCAAACUGUGACACUCCGUGAGCGAGAUUCAACAAAACAGAUUCGAGAAAAGAUUUCAACUGUUUUGGAGAUUAUCAAGGAUCUUGUUGAGGAGAAGACUACAUGGAGUGAAGUUGAGGCAAAGUAUCCAACAUUUGUUCAACAAGAAUUGUAAAUAGAGAUUCAUACACUGUACGUCGGACGGAUACGUAGAUGACGCAAUACAGUAUCACUUGUAGAAACUACAAAUACUCGCACCAGAAAUGUGAGGGUGCACUGCCGUUGUACCUGGGGAUCUUACAAGUAAACGUGGCCGCCGCAGCCGUCGAUUCAAUGUCCGCAACGGAUUGUUGUCGAUUGCACAAGAAAUAAAAAAAAAAUGUCGCCACAGCUUUUGCGCUGUUUAUUCCCAAUAUCCUUUUAUUGCGAACAAAAUUAACAGUGGUGUGAUAGAG